AACAAAAUAUUAAACAAACAUGGAAUCAAUAAGUUGGGAGAGGCGGUGUUAUUGCAUACCUUUUACAUUUUAUGUAUGCGUUGUUCCCUUUAAAUUUGCAAGUGAUAAUUUAGAUUUAAAUUACCCUGCAGAUAAGUUUAAAAUGAGUGGCUAAAUCCAAGUGAUAUACUUUGAUGUUGAAGUAUUUAAUAAAUUUAUGGAUGGUAAUUUCGAAUUACCCUUUGGUAUCCUAUAGCAAUUUAUUGAACCAGCAGACGAUCUUAAUUGUAAGAUAACAAUUAAUUAUUGAAUAGCAUAAAUAUAAGCAUUUUGGAGUAAAUCUGUUACUUUAUUCACAAAGAGAGUUUGCAAGAUGUCUUUCACAAAUAAGUCACUGAACAUUUACGAACGACAUUGUACUUUUGAAGGACCAGAAUAUUUCAGUGAAGCAAGUAUGAGUAUGUCCUUGAUAGUUCAUAAAAGCUUAAGUGAAAGAUUUCUAAUCACAGAGAAUCUCAGAAUAAAUAGUUGAUAAUCAAGAGAAGAUUG